UUUGCGACAGUGCCGUACGCCGACUCGUAGCUCUCCCCAGUGAGAUACCGGCUGGGAAGCUCAGUUGCAGGGGAAAAAUUAACGAAGUCGGAGCUUAAACGCAAUAACACCGAGUGAUUUCUGCGGACAAAAACUCGUUAAUUUGUCAUCUACUGAUUGCAAAGGGUAAAUGUGGGAUUUUAAGCAGGAUUAACGGCGACGCGAGGAGGGAAGGCAACUCAUUUGUGUGAGCGGGGCUCGGAGUAAAGUUGCCUCCCUGUUAGCGGCGCUUUAAAGGGAAGAAAGACAACAAAAGCGGUCGGGGAAAACAAGCUGCGGUGAAAAUGGACUAUGAUUUCAAAGUGAAACUGACCGGAGAGAGGGAACGUGUAGAGGACCUGUUCGAGUAUGAGGGAUGUAAAGUCGGCCGGGGGACAUACGGUCAUGUGUACAAGGCGAAGAGAAAAGACGGGAAGGAUGAUAAAGAGUACGCUCUGAAGCAGAUCGAGGGCACAGGGAUCUCCAUGUCUGCGUGCCGAGAGAUAGCGCUGCUACGAGAACUGAAGCACCCUAACGUGAUCUCACUGCAGAAAGUUUUCCUGUCACAUGCAGACCGCAAAGUGUGGCUUCUCUUCGACUACGCAGAGCAUGACCUCUGGCACAUCAUUAAGUUCCACAGAGCCUCCAAGGCCAAUAAGAAACCUUUGCAGCUGCCACGCGGGAUGGUGAAGUCUCUCCUCUACCAGAUCCUGGACGGCAUCCAUUAUCUUCACGCCAACUGGGUCCUUCACAGAGACCUGAAACCUGCAAAUAUAUUAGUAAUGGGCGAGGGGCCGGAGAGGGGCCGCGUCAAAAUAGCGGAUAUGGGCUUUGCUCGCCUCUUUAAUUCACCACUGAAGCCUUUAGCUGAUCUGGACCCUGUGGUGGUCACUUUUUGGUACCGAGCACCGGAGCUGCUGCUGGGGGCCAGACAUUACACCAAAGCCAUCGAUAUCUGGGCGAUCGGCUGCAUCUUUGCAGAGCUCUUGACCUCUGAGCCGAUAUUCCACUGUAGGCAGGAGGACAUUAAGACCAGUAACCCAUACCAUCACGACCAGCUGGACCGCAUCUUUAACGUUAUGGGCUUCCCUGCAGAUAAGGACUGGGAGGACAUUAAGAAGAUGCCGGAACACUCCACACUGAUGAAAGACUUCAGAAGGAACACGUACACUAACUGCAGCCUUAUCAAAUACAUGGAAAAGCAUAAAGUCAAACCUGACAGUAAAGCAUUCCACUUGCUGCAAAAGCUGCUCACUAUGGACCCGAUCCGCAGGAUCACAUCUGAACAGGCCAUGCAGGACCCGUACUUCCUGGAAGAGCCUCUUCCCACCUCUGAUGUCUUCGCCGGCUGCCAGAUCCCGUACCCCAAGCGAGAGUUCCUGACUGAGGAGGAACCUGAGGACAAGGCAGAUAAAAAGAACCAGCAGCAACAAGGGAACAACCACACCAAUGGGGCGGGGCACACCGGUAACCCUGACAAUAGCCACGCACAAGGCCCGCCUCUCAAAAAAGUGAGAGUGGUUCCACCCACCACUACCUCAAGCGGCCUCAUCAUGACCUCAGACUACCAGCGUUCAAAUCCACAUGCUGCCUACCAGAACCCAGGACCAAGCACAUCACUGCCCCAGAGCAGCAUGGGAUACUCCUCUACCUCCCAGCAACCUCCACAGUACUCACACCAGACCCACCGCUACUGAGCCCACGCUGAUCUCACCCGGCGCCCGACAGAGAAGAACGUACUGACACCGGAGGCAGGUGUGGCCAUGGGUCCUGUCACCCUGGCCACGCCUACUCCCUACAGGGCGCUUGUCGUGUAACGUCACCAUAGAGACACCGCCAAGACCCAAACUAACAUAACGCCGCAUCCUAUCACCGUGACGACGGAGAAUUUCGUGGAAAUGCAUGGAGAUGAAAGACGGAGGAUGAAUACGUGUCUGUGCCAUGGGUCAUCUGUCCGAUUCUUCGCUCUGACCUUUCACAAAGUCAUUAAUAAACAUAAAAUAAAAGCUAAAGAGCAAAAAAAAGUGGUACUGAAAGCUGUGCUUAAUGUGAGGGGGUUCUCCAAUCAGCAAAACUCCCAGCAUCUCCAGGACUAAAGCUGCUAAUUAAUUAAUGACUGCCAGCAUUGACAGAAUAUAACACACACUUGCACACAUGCGCGCGCGCGCACACACACACACACACACACACACAUAUACACACACUUACACACAGGUCAUUGCUGGAAGUGUAUUCUCUUUGCUGGAGCUGCUGAGUGGAGUCUGACAAGUGCAUCUAGUGCCCCCUGCUGGACAUCAGCAUUAAUGGCCACUGGGAAGGGAGGGAUGGAGAAUAAAAACAGAAACUUGACUUUAGUAGUUCUAAUUUAAUGUUUUUGGUUUUGUUUUCACGUUAGGAGAGGAAAGGGGCUUCCGUUUUCUUUUGCUGUGACAGCCACAGGUCUGUGUCGUGGGUCAGUCUGAUUCUGACUCGCGUGGAGAGCAGAUUGACGAUGCGUUGUACUGUAUUGUAAUGAAAUAUUUUACAUGAAGCAAGUAUCCUGAUAAUAAAGUCGGAAAUGUUUAAAA